AUGGAGGACGACGCCAUGGCGGAUCACUUGGAGCCUAAUGACGACUCCGACUCCGAAACGCAUUUAGAACGUGUCGUGUCAGGGCAGCUGCAUGGCGAGGCGGGCAAACGGCGUGGCGACAUCACCCUCGCAGAGCUGCAGGAGCAGUUCGCCCGCCUCCAGCACGAGUUCGAAAUCUUCCAGGAGGGCAGGACACGCCCGCCAACCCGUUCACGCGAGCAUGUGUCAGCAGCGCCCGUCCCGCCGCCCCGGCAACGUUCCCCUAGAGCCGUCGGCAGAGCGGAUGGCGAGGCUGGGCGCGUACCCGCAGCCGACGGGCCGCGAUCCCAAUCGGUGCCGCCUGGCGGCCGGAUGCUGCGGAACCCCUCUCCCGCAGACGGCCGCCUGGACCAGAUGCGGGUACGUCAACCUUCGGCACAACCUCCGCCACGGGCAUCCCGACCGCCGCCAGGCAUAGCUGCGAACCCUGCAGCCGGGGCAGCUGCAAGUGCCCCGUCACGGCCACGACCGGUUUCGGAGCGUAGGCUUCCUUCGCCCCCGCCGCCGCAUCAUCCCCGCAGCGCCAGCAAGGCACCAUUUGACGGCCCCGGUGCCAGUCCUGCUGCGGGCCAUGGCAAGCCGCCGGCGGGCCGAGCGGAAAAGAAGCUCGUUAAGAAGAAGGUGGAGCGGCCGCCUUGGCGAGACGACUUUGCAGCGGACUCCUCACCGUGGUCCCGAGAGCUGGCGCAGGAGGAAGCGGCUGCAGCGGAAGCAGCCGCGACGGCGGCGGCAGACUCAGGAGCCGCGGUUGGCUGCAACGCCGGCGGCGGCAGUGGCAUGGCCAUCCCUCGGGCUCCGGACUCCGGACGAGGCCGCGGUGACAAGGAACGCGCGCAAAGGUGGCGAACCGGAGGCAGCAGCGACGGCGGUGGCCGUGACCGGUCGUCCUCUCCAGUACCCGCAGUAACACGAGCAGAGUCACCGGGGGCCCCGGACAAGGGCGUCCCGGCACAGGCGCGGCGGCGGCCACAGCCAGCUGCAGCCGCAAAUGCGCGCGCUGCAGCGGUUGCGGCCGCCAUGGAGGCGGGUCGUCAGCAGCAGAUGUUAGAGCAACACCAGCAGGGCACACGGCAGCAGCAGUCCAAGGGCGGCAUGCUGCUAGUCAUCCCCUCGGGGCCGGGCGCGGUCGCUGCUCAGCAGGGGAGCCCGCAGCCCGGGUCCGAGGUGCGGCGUAUCAGCCCCUGCCGAGCCAGCCAGAUCCCCACCUCCCCGUCACCGGGUUUGGACGUACGGCCACGCACACAGCAGAGCCGCAUCCCCACAUUCCCAAGUCCCCAGCGGCAACAGCAACAGCAACAUCAGCAGCUGGACGCGCAAGGUGACGGCGGACGGUGGCAGUCGGGCCCAGGCACCUCAGCUGCGCUCAACGGCAUCGCCGUAGCCGCCAUCGUCGACCGACUUGUAGUUGACAGCAGCGUGUCGUCCUCGUUCUCGUACGAUGACCCGCUGAGCACUUCGGCAGAGAGCAGCGCGCAAACGCCGCCCUCCAAUGCAUGCGGCAAUCCGCACCAGCAACGACGGCGACGGCAAUGGGAAGUCCCUGGCGGGGCCGCUGCGGGCAGCAGAGGGACAGCUGCCGCCGCCGUCGCUGGGGGCGACGCGAACCGGCGGGUGUCCUCUCCGGAAGCGGUGGCCGAUGCGGUCACUGCGCAGGCUGCUGCACGGCCGCCUCCCGCCGGCGCUGUAUCUCCGGCAGCAGUAGGCCGCGUAUACAACCCCACGCCGCCCUCCAGCCGGCCGCCCAGCCGCCCCGGCAGCCGCCCCGGCAGCCGGCCCACCAGCAGCACCGGCGAGGCGACCGCCGCCGGCGCCAUCCCCCCUUCAAUCGGCCACCAUCCUCCCCUCACGCCCAUGGCCUACACAGAGCAGGACGCCAGGCAACACUCCUCACCUGAGCGACCCACGGGUCAUCGUGUUUCCAGUGCAGGUGCCCGGCAUCCUCUCCAUGCGCGAGGCGGGGGGGAGUCUAUUAGUGAGGUCACAAUGCCGGACGUCACCUUCGCUGCUGGAUUUUCUGGAGGGGGCUGCACCGAGGACCAGACCUCGGUACGCCAGGCACCGCCACUGCAGGCUGCUGCUGCUGCUGCAGUGGAUGCAGCUCCUGGCGCCGCUGCUGGACUCACGCACGCUCCGGCCGCCAUCGCCCUAGUGGCGCCGGGGAUGCGGGCUGAUCUGAAUCUGCCGGAAGUUGUGCAUGGCGGCGGGGCCCCCGGGGUGAGCAAAACAGGCACGGCACGGGGCCCAGGUCCUGGCGGGCCUCGUGACAAGGAGGACUACUUUCGGAAGCUGUCGGCGCUAAAGCGAUCGGUGCCCAAUGACCCGCUGCGGCGAGUGACGGAGGAUGGUGGGAACCAAGCCGCGGCAGGGGCAGCAGCAGCCGGCAGUGGCGGUGGGGCUGGCUGUGGCAGCGCUGCGCAGUCACGGAAAUGGAUGGACCCGGGCACUGGGGACGCGUCUCUUUCUGCAGCCCCAAUGGACGCGGUGGGAUCUGCGCCGGCGGCAGUGCGUGCGGCGAGGAGCCGAAACCUUGCGGCCGAUGUGCUGGGUGGCAUCGCCAGGAGUAGCGGCGGCUGCGGUGACGCGGCGGAUGGCGGUGAAGACGUCUCCGGGGAUGCAGCGGCAGGGUGGAAGCCCCGGCCAGGCAAGGGCCGCAGUCAGCUGCAGCUGCAGCGCCUCGGCAGCGGUAGCAUGGGGGAUGUGACAGCGCCAGCGUCAGCGGGUCCCGCACUGGGCGGCGCUGCAGCCGCCGGGGGCCGCACCUCCGAGAGCGGUUACAGCGCCAGGGCUGCAUCCCAGGCGCCACAGUACAUGGCCUUUGCGGUACAGAACCCCGAGGUGGCCAUGGCGGCGGCGCAGGCCGCGAUAAACGCCAAUGGCAGCAGGGCGCGAGCCCGCUGGAACGUGCCGCCGCCGCUGCCGGAGGCGGUGGUGGCAACGGCGGUACAUCCUCCUGCCCCGCCGGGCUUUGUAGCAGCCGCCGCUGCCGCUGUUUCAAGCGCCUCCCCGCCACCGUGGGUGCAUUCGCACCAGCCGCCGGCGCCGCCACCACCGCCACCGCAGCAGCACCACCAGCUGGCGGCGGCCAUGGUAUCCUCCACCAGCACGGGUAGUACGGCAGUGCCGCUGGUGUGCUCACCAGGCCAGGCGCCGCAGCCCAACCUGGGGGCCAUGCACAGCUUGGGGGACAACCAUCACGACCUGCGCCGCGCCAACUCAGAAGGGCCGCGCCUGUCCCACGGCAGGGACGCAGGGUCGGGGAUGCUGGAAAUGGCGCCACCGUCGGGCGCCCUACCCACCAGUGCGCCCUCUGGACCUGGACCUGGGGGCCUCGGGGGCCUGCCCCCACCGCCGGGCGGCCCGUAUUACGUAGGAGCGGGUCACCUGCCGCCACCUCAGGGGCCCAUAAUGCAGGGGCUGUUUCCUGUUGGCAGCAAUGUCGGGGCGAUGAACGAGGGAGCGCUGGACGGCAGCGGCCGGCUGCCAGGGUUCGGCCCAGCUGGCGGCCCCUAUACCUCACCGCUGCAGCAUAUCCGACCCGCCAUGGUCCCGCCAGGCGAGAUGUGGGCGGGUGGGCCCGGAGCGGGCCCAGGCCCUCCUCCCCACAUGCACAUGGCCGGCUUCCCGCCACCACCACAUCCACCGCCCCACUGGAAUGGCUACGGCUACGGACAGGGCGGUGGCAGGCCUCCUGGGUACCUGGGACCCGGGGCCGCAUUGCCCGGAACGCUGGAGGGGCACGGACCCCUGGCUCACACCGGGCCCAUUGCCGACCCAUACAAGCCGCAGCUCUUCAAGCGCAACUCGAAUGGCCACUACGAUGGCUUUGGCGGUGCCGGCUUGGGUUACGCUUCCGCACCGCCCGGCGCUUCAGGCGCUGGACCCAGCUACAGCUCUGGUGGCGGCGCCGCGGCCAGUCCCGACCUGCCCGACUACUUGCGUGUUUCCAUGUCCCGUAUGGUGGCUGGUUGGUCAGCGCCCAACGCUAAGCAUGGUGCGCUGUCCGGCUUCAAUGACGUGUGGCAGCACCGAAACAACAGCCGGCCGCCAGCGGGACCAGGCAUGGCGGUGCACGGCAGCGGUGGGGUUCCCGGUCCGGGGCCCUCCGGGGUGCCUGAUGGCGGGGCGCCGGUUAGAGGCCCGAGCAGCGGCGGUGGAGGUGGGGGCGGAGGCCGUGAGACCGGAUUUGAGGGGCUGUCCCUCGAGGCGGUGCUGGCGAGCAAGCCCAAGAAGGAGAUGCCUAAUUUCACUAAGAAGACCUAG